CAACCCUGAAUUACUCUUGGAUUUAAAAAAUCACAAUGAAAUAAAAACUACAAGAAUUAAAAUAUUACUUAUUAAAAAUUGUGGAAUGCAGAGAAAAGAAUAUUUAGGGGUAAAUCUGUAGACAACUAUAAGAAUUUCAAAAAGCAAAUGAUUUAAAACAAGUGAGUUUAGCUUGCCACUCAAGAAACAGAGCAAGAAAGAUAUAAUAUUAGCAUAAAUUUAAAUAAAAUAAUAGGAAAAGUAACAAAAAGUAUAAAUUAUUGAAAUGCAAACAAAGAAGAAUUAUGAUGAUGAAGCAAUAGAAGCCGACACCAGUGGGGAGAAAAUGAAACUACUGUCAAGUCCAGUGCUGGGACUAAUAUCGGCUAGUCAGAUGGCAUGACUAAAAUUCGUUUUAGAGAUCUUAAAAGAAAACCCCAAAUUCUGAUUAUAGACAAAGACCUGGAAAAGAGAAAGGGAAGGAAAAGCAAGUAAGACUAGGAAAAAAUAAAACAGCUUAAUACGAAGCAAGAAACAUGAGUGGGAAAUAAUAUACAGAGUAAAACCAGAUGUUGUCAAAGACAAAGAAACAGAAAUCUUUAGAGAACUACAAUAAGGGAUGUCGAGCAGUUAUUUAAUGAGACUCAAAAGUAUCAAAACAAUGUUGCAGAAAAAGUUUUAAAAAACAAACUAGAGGCUCUACUAGAAAACAUGGUGAGUUAAUAUCAAUUGUUUCCAAUAAAUAUUUCAUCAGGGUUCUCAGAGGAAUGUGUUAAAAAUGAAAAAAGUUCAAUAGGGAAGAAGCCAAAAGGCAAAAAGACUGAAAUGAGACCAGAAGUGUGCAAUCUCGCUCAAGAAUGUUGAUUCAAAAUCCUAUCUACUAUAUAUGUAAUAUUUAUAGCUUACGACUAAAUGGGGUUUAUUACUUAGGGAUGCAAGAAUAUUUCAAUAUAAGAAAAUCUAAUAAUAUAAAACUUCAUAUUAGGGGAUUGAAGAUAAAAAGCCAUAUGUUCAUUUCAAUAGAGGCAUAAUAAAGGUCUUGAGAACAUUCAACACAUGAUUAAAAUCUUUUAGCAAACUGGAAAUUGAAGGAAACGUCCUUAACCUGAUAAAGAGUAUCUAUCAAAAACUUAUAGAGCUACCCAAAGCAAUCUACAGAUUCAGUGCAAUCCCUAUCAAAAUCCCAAUGCCUUUUUUUGUAUAAAUAGAAAAAAAUCCAUCCUAAAAUUCAUAUGGAAUGUCAGGGGACCUCAAGUAGCCCUAACAAUCUUGAAAAGAACAAGGAACAAACCACCUUCAGUUUCCUUAAUGUUCGUGCUGCCUCUCACCUCCAAGAAUUUGUACUAAGGUUCUAGAACACUACUCCAGCCUCUUUCUUGAUCCAGUCAUACCCUUUAGGAUCCAGCUUCAAUCUUGUUCUGGAAAAGUCUUUCCUGACCCCCAAAUCUAGGCUGGAUACCCUUCCUAUGUAUUCUCCCAUUGCCCAGGGUUUCCAACCAUCAUAGCAGUUACCAUACUCUAUUAAAAUACUCUGUGUACUUUACUAUGUCCUCCCUUAUCCUGUAAGCUUCCUGAGAACAGGGACUGUAUUCGUCAGGUGCACCAUUUCUAUCUCCAGCAUCAAUCAGGCAAAGUGUCAGGCCUUAAUUGGGUAGUCACCCAAUUAAAUGUCCGAAAAUUCAAUAAUUUAAAUACAGAUUUUGGGGGGAAAAUACAGGUUUUGAAGUUCAAUACUAAGCCAUUAAGCACAGAAAUUUAAAAUAUAUAACAUUAGAAUAUAAUGUAGCUAAUAUUUUUAGAUUAAUCUUAUUGUCUCUGAAUAUAAAAUAAGAGGUUGAAGAUGUUUGGCGUAAGGGCAGAGGCUGCCUUGAUUAAUGCCUCCAACAUUCAAUGAUACUCUCCUUGCAACUACUAUCAAGGUCACAUUCAUUCACACCAUUCUUAUUCAUUCUGAAAAAAAGACUCCUGACUUGAAAGAGCUACUUCUAAGGUAUCUUAGAACUGUAAGAUUCUUCAAAACAACUUGAAAGUCACAGGGGCAACAAAUAAUAACUUGGGUUUACCUGAAAGAGUGCAGAAAUUACUUAGGCCUCUGGGCGUCGCUGUUGACCACCUAAGAAGUAAGCCUGUGAGACAUCCACUCCAACAUUACGGCUCGCAUAACACAAAAGGCUGGGCGUUUGGCCCGCAAGCUUCGGGACGGCAAAAAAAAUUAAGUCCAGCAGCCCACUACUUCUCUCCACAGUUACCUGGGUCCCGUGAAUGCUAGUCACAUCAGACCCUGAGGAAUAAAGAUUGGAAUCCCGGCCUGGAUGCUGGAAGUUGCCUGGGAGAAAAGACUGCAGCUCAAGAAAUGGCGGCUCUGCUAAAGUUGCCAAACCGCGGAAGGCUUGUCCUGCUGUGCCUUCUUUUGGCGACCCUAUGGGAGGCUGGAGCUGGGCAGAUGCGCUAUUCUGUGCCAGAAGAGAUCGAAAAGGGCUCAUUCGUGGGCAACAUCGCUAAGGACUUGGGACUGGAGCCUCAGGAGUUGGCGGAGCGCGGAGUCCGCAUCGUCUCCAGAGGUAGGACGCAGCUCUUUGCUCUGAACCCGCGAAGCGGCAGCUUGGUCACCGCAGGCAGGAUAGACCGGGAGGAGCUCUGCGCUCAGAGCGCGCGGUGUCUGCUGAGUUUCAACAUACUCCGGGAAGAUAAAUUGAGUAUUUAUUCAGUAGAGGUGGAAAUAACAGAUAUUAACGAUAAUGCCCCUCGCUUUGUAGUAGAGGAACUGGAGCUAAAAAUCAGUGAAAUGACUAUGCCAGGAUUCCGGAUCCCUCUGAAGAGCUCGCAUGAUGCAGACGUCGGAGAGAACACCCUCCAAAGGUACGAACUUAAUUCAGAUGACCACUUCUCCCUGGACGUGCGAAGCGGAAAAGAUGGGAAUAAGUAUCCGGAGCUGGUGCUGGAACGUGCCCUUGACCGUGAGGAAGAGGCCGUUCACCAUCUCGUUCUUGUGGCUUUGGACGGGGGCGACCCUAUCAGAUCUGGCACCUCCCGCAUCCGCGUGAUGGUCCUGGAUGCGAACGACAACGCGCCUGUUUUUACACAGCCCGAGUACCAUGUAAAUGUUCCAGAGAAUACGCCCGUAGGCACCCAGAUACUCACAGUGACCGCCACUGAUGCAGAUGAGGGAUACAACGCUCAAGUGGCAUAUUUUCUGGAGAAAAAUCCUGAAGAAACCUCAGAGGUAUUUGAGCUUAAGUCAUCAUCUGGAGAAAUAACGAUCACAAAAAGCCUAGAUUAUGAGGAUGCCAAAUUCCAUGAAAUUGAUAUUGAAGCUCAGGAUGGUCCAGGCCUUCUGACCAGAACGAAGGUCAUUGUCACUGUUCUCGACGUAAAUGACAAUCCCCCAGAAUUUUACAUGACGUCUUCUGCCAGCUCAGUUCCUGAAGACUCUCCUCCAGGAACCAUAAUUGCACUUUUCAAUGUACAUGACAGAGACUCUGGGCAGAAUGCAUUUAUCACAUGUUCACUCCCGGAGAACCUUCCUUUCAAAUUAGAAAGGUCAGUGGACAAUUACCACCGACUGGUUACAACCAGAGUCCUUGACAGGGAACAGUUUUCUUUAUACAACAUCACUGUGAUCGCUACAGAUGGAGGGAACCCAUCUCUGUCCACAGAUGCUCACAUUUUACUGCAGGUGACAGACAUCAACGACAACCCUCCCACAUUUCCCCACACCUCCUACUCUGCCUACAUUCCAGAAAACAACCCCAGAGGUGCCUCCAUCUUUUCCAUGAUGGCGCAUGACCCUGACAGUGAUGACAACGCCCAUGUAACCUAUAAGUUAGCUGAGGACAUCAUUCAGGGGGCACCUCUGUCCUCCUACAUCUCCAUCAACUCUGACACUGGCAUCCUCUACGCGCUGCGUUCCUUUGACUAUGAGCAAUUCCAUGAACUGCAGUUGUGGGUGACAGCGCAUGACAGUGGGAAGCCACCGCUCAGCAGCAACGUGUCACUGAGCAUAUUCGUGCUGGACCAGAACGACAACGUGCCGGAAAUUCUGUACCCCGCCCUCCCUACCGACGGUUCCACGGGUGUAGAGCUGGCACCCCGCUCUGCAGAGCCCGGCUACCUGGUGACCAAGGUGGUGGCUGUGGACAGAGACUCAGGCCAGAACGCCUGGCUGUCCUACCGCCUGCUCAAGGCCAGCGAGCCGGGACUCUUCUCGGUGGGGCUGCACACGGGCGAGGUGCGCACAGCGCGGGCCCUGCUGGACAGAGACGCGCUCAAGCAGAGCCUGGUGGUGGCGGUCCAGGACCACGGCCAGCCCCCUCUUUCGGCCACGGUCACGCUCACCGUGGCAGUGGCGGACAGCAUCCCCGAGGCCCUGGCUGACUUGGGCAGCAUCAGGACCUAUAUCAACCCCGACGACUCAGGUCUCACACUCUACCUGGUGGUGGCGGUGGCUGCGGUCUCCUGUGUCUUCCUCGCCUUUGUCAUUGUGCUGCUGGCGCUCAGGCUGAGGCGCUGGCACACGUCGCGCCUGCUCCAGGCUUCAGGAGGCGGGUUAGCGGGUGUGCCCGCCUCUCACUUUGUGGGCGUGGACGGGGUGCGGGCUUUCCUGCAGGCCUAUUCCCACGAGGCCUGGCUCACCGCGGACUCGCGGGGGAGUCAUGUGAUCUUCCCGCAGCCCAACUACGCGGACACGCUCAUCAGCCAGGAGAGCUGUGAGAAAAAGGAUUUUCUUUCAGAACCUCAACUUAUACCUGAAGACAAAGAAGAAACUUUUUCUCAGGUAAAUUCUCUUCGCAAUAUACCUGUGAGCUACUUUGCUAAAAGAAAUAAAUUUACCUAAUUACUUAGCUGUCUCCACAGUUUACCAUACCUUUUCUAUUUCCCAUAUUUCUUUGCGGAUAUAUUCAAUUUUUAGGAAAUUAGUCCUGGUGAAUUAUUUCUUUCUAGUUCUAAGUGUUCACACAGUGUAAACAGGAAGAGGAGCUAGAAUCAUUGCGUCAUGAUUAUAAAUCAGGAGUUAGUAAGUGAAGGUGAUAUUUAGGUUAUCAAAAGACCACUGCCUGAGGAACUGGCGUGUCUGGCUUCUCAUACUUCUUUCUCGUCCCUGAGGAAACCAUCUCAUGCACCUGGAUCAACAAUUCUUUCCUUCUUAGAAAUAUAAAUGUUGACUUUUAUGUUUCCCCAGUUGCCUCCCUCCUUUAAAAUUUAAGGCUUUUAUGUUUAUUUAUAUUUGUUUAUGAAUAGUGAAAUACUUUAGUUGGUUGUUUUCUUCUCACUCAGUCUUAAUAUUUUUUCUUCAGUUUGGCAGUGAGAUUCUUCAUUUUUCUUGAUUUGCAUGAUCUUCCCUAUUAAAAGAUGCAAAUUUAGAAAUAUAUAUACUUCACCGUGUUUCAGGAGGGUAUGUCAUGGAAUCUCUGUUUAGUUAAAAAUCUCAUUAGCCUCUAAAGUAGCUCUGUGUUCCUUUAAGAAGUGACUGAGUUAUCAUUUGCUCUAUAAUACAUGGUUUGUAUAACAGUAAAGAUGUUUCUAUUCCGUGUUACUUUUUUAAAAAAAUUUAUUUAUUUAUUUGUUUAUUUUUGGCUACGUUGGGUCUUCGUUGCUGCACGUGAGCUUUCUCUAGUUGCAGCAA